AUGUCAGUAUUCGGGAACUUUUUGAAUAACCUGACGACCAACAUCUCCAGAAAACAGGCCCGUGUUGCGCGCAGAGAUGUCAAGCUGCAAAUUUUAAGCCAACCCGUCGAGAAAGAACACAGUUUACAGGUGACUCUGACAUACCUCAAAGAGUCCAUACUAUCUCUGCCCGAUGACCCUGUGUGGAACUUCCAGAUCUGCGCGUAUGUGCUGCUAGGUAUCGUGGCGGUAGCUUUGGAUCUGGAAACCGACCCCAUAAUAGAGUUCUUCGAUCAUCUCUAUAACGCGUUCUACGCCUGUAACAUGCUGGUUCUGGCGUACAGCUUGAUAUGUGAUUAUACUGCGAAUCUGGAUCUGACCACAGCAUUGGGAUUCCUUCUAGAUAUAGUCACGUUUAGCCACUACAUCGUGGACACCAGCACCACGUAUAUUUACAAGCUAAUCUGUUACUAUUUGCGAUUGCACAGAGCUUUUAGAUAUUUAUGGGCAUUUAACAACUAUAACCUGAAGGGGAGUGUUCUGGGUACCGCUCUGAAGUAUUGUUACGUGUUCCUAGUGCUGCGAGUCACGUGGGUGUUGAUCUGGCUACAUAUAGAUGAGUUGGAGCCCCAUCGCAGCAGGGACUCCCUGAAUGCUCUGUCCGAAGUCCAGCCUACGUCCAAGUCCAGUUCCGAGGCUUUGGGGAACGCACGGAGUAUGAAUUGGCUCAUCAGCCGAUUCCUCAACGUACUGUACAUCGUCAAUAAGAUGUUUAUACCAAUCGGGCCAUCGCAGGCGCCUGUGAACGACACGGAGCGCAUCGCGUUCCUCAUGGUGAUGAUCACCGGGUGCCUGGUGGUGACGGGUGCGGCGGUAGCAUCGUUGUCGCUCGUCAUUAGUGUGUACAUGCGGCCCGAGGAGACCUUCCGCACCAGAUACCGGCUCAUCAUGAAGGAGAUUAAUUCGUCCAAUGUCCCACCAAGCCUACGCGAUAAAGUGGAGACAUUUUACAAGAUGUACUGGCACAAGCAGAGUGCCGUGUCCGCAACACAAUUGCUGCCGAUCUUCCCGCCAUCCUUGUCGACUACCAUUUACACUGACAUAUACUUCAAGGCCACACAGAGGUGCCGCAUUCUUCGUGACCUCUCGUACGAAUUUCUGUCUGAACUGGCCAAGAAGAUGGAAACAAUUCAUUACAUCCCCGGAGAUGCAAUCAUGAAGAGGAAUGAUAAGAAAUCUUCAAUGAUUUACAUCACUUAUGGCGAUAUUGAGAUGUUGACAGCAGAAGACGACAGCACGGCCAUGCUCCGGAUGAUCCGUGGUACCGUCUUGUCCCCCUGCGCCGGCUGUCCCGUAGCCGCAUGCAGUCGGGCUCACGUGGAGAUAAGAGCGGCUACCUUCUGCACCGCCCACGUGCUACGCUCAUUGGACUUGUGGAAGACUGUCAUUAAAUAUGGUAGAGAAAAUGGACAGGGGGCGACUGUAUUGGGAGCUUUUUAUGAGCACUUUGAAAAAGUUAAGAGGCAUUAUUUGAAACGAUUUCCUGAAGAAGUAAAAUAUAAGAGUAGCAUUCUGCAUUUCAAACGUAAUCUAAUGGACAUCAAGGAGUCAAGGGAUACUGCUGGCAAUCUGCAGCUUGCUGAAACUGAUGUCAUGAUUGAUAUAGCUGGAUGUUACAUUAUGCGGAACAGAGCAGAUUCGUCACUCACUGAUGAAGCGGACGCCAUCUGUCUCCGGCCCACAUUUCCCUGUAUCCUGCAACCAAGCUCCUCCUUGCAAGUUGUAUGGAACACCUUUGUCACUUGCCUCAUCAUUACUGUCGGUAUCACUCAUCCUUACUACUUGGUUUACAAGAAAGAUGUUUCACUUGGAUUCAGAUUUUAUGACUACGUCGUGACUGCCAUUUAUGUUCUGGAUCUGAUCGUACAUCUUUCAACCGGAGCUAACGUCGAAGAUGGUGUGCCCAUAACGUUGGCUCAGACUUCAUCUCAGCAAGCGCGCAGCAAAUGGUUCGUGCUAGACGUAGUCGGCACGCUGCCUAUAUUCGAGUUUAUCCACGAUGGACACUUUGCUGGCCUCAACAAACUAUUAAGAUUGCCAAAGGUGUUUCGUGUGCUUAAAACCGUGGAAGACGAUUGCGUGUACCACAGCAACAUCCUGCGAUUCUUCUCAUACUCCCUGCUUCUGAUGAUGUCGUGUUUUCUUCUGGCUUCUUUGCAACAAGGUUUUAUGUGCUUUCAGUUUGGUUAUUGUCUUGUCACAAACUUUACUCAUUCGCCUUAUUGGGAGAAGAAGAGUCUAGACGAGGAGACAGUCGAGAGUAGACUUACGUUUGGACUUUAUUGGGCAAUAUCCGUGCUCUCUUUCACGACUCACAUGGAAACAUGGGGUACCCGGAAUUGGAAUCACAUCGUGUACACGUUGUUUGUCCUGGAGAUAUGCACUGUGCUGUACAUAUUCAUCGAGUCCGUGUACUCCGCUACCAUCAUGGUUACCACUGCUCUCAGAGAGGACUACGAUUCAUGCCUAGAGAAUGUGAUUAAGUUCCUAAUAAGGAACGACGUGGAUCCCAUAUUAAGGGACCGGUUCAAGGAAUACCUACAGCUCUGCUGGUAUACUGACAAGGGUUAUUCGAUGACUAACAAACGCAGAUCGAUAUUCUACGAUCUUCCACCUCACGUUUAUCAGGAUAUCGUUGCAAGGCAGAGGAGCAAGUUUAUAUUGUGUGUGCCUUUUAUGAAGUUACUUCAUAAGGAGGACUUGAAGAAUAUAUCGUCAAAAGCUAUACUAUUCUGUACAUCACCCAACGAGAUUUUACUGAACACGGGCGAUAUGUGCAACGAAAUAUAUAUAAUAAAGCGAGGGAUAUGUGAGAUCUUAAGUCCAGAGACAAAAGACGUGGUGGGAGAAUUGAGUGUAAGAAGUCAUUUUGGAGUACUCGAGUGUCUUUUACGCAUUCCGACAUUCUUCACGGUGCGCGCCGUGACUCACGUGGAGGUAUUCACUAUAUCGAGAAAACAUUUGGUGAAUGCUAUCAAUAUACCGCAAAUAACCGAGGCGCUCGACUUCUGUAAGGAGCUACCGCAAUACGCACGUCUCCAAAUACGAAGGGCGCCUUUCAUGACGCACCAGCCUCCGAAGCGCACGCCAAAUAUGGAGAAAUUCCGCUACCCGAGGAAGUAUGAACAGGACAAUGCUUUCUUGGAGCCAUUUUAUAGACUGGGAAUAUUUUCCGUGUUAAGGUACAUUUUCCCUCGCUUCACCAUACGUCCUGAUGGCCGCUACGUGGUCUACUUUGAAUGGUUCCGCGCUAUCUGCGCAUUCCUGUCCGCCAUGCUGUACCCCGGGUACACCUACCUGGUACUGCAGUGGCCUAUUCUGUCCCUUGUCACGUUGUAUCUGGACGCUACUGCCUAUUAUGAUUUGUUUCAGCGGAUGCUAGUGGGCUACUACAACGAGCACGGCAUCCUGGUGUACCACCCCGCCAGCACCGCCGCUCACUAUCUCAAAGGUGCCUUCCUGGUGGACCUAUUUGGCUGCUUGCCACUAGAGAAGCUAGAAUCUUCUUGGAAGGAGACGUUCAAAAGAAGAUACAGGGAGGCGCCAACCAAACAGUUUUUAAUGCUUAAUCGCCUCAUACAACUGUACCGGUUGCCGAGUGCUCUUCUGGGUCUUAACGGACUCGUGCGCCGAGACCUCUUGCUUGUUAUUAGAGCAUUUCCGAUUUUCCUAGCCCUGCUAAACGUCCUCACCUGCUUUGUGGUGUAUUUCUCCGUAGACAUAUUCUUUACGAAGGACAAUGAAGAUAGCUCAUGGUAUAUUGUACCUAAGGACGACAAUGGUGGUUCUUGGAUAAAAGUAUUUCAUUCAGCUUAUCGCUUCAAUAUGACGGAAUCACCAUGGAAUCUCCACUUAGGUUCGUUGUUCUGGGUGGUGUACGAGACCACAACCACUGGCUACAACACCUUCAAGCCUACCAACUUCAACUUAAUGCGCGUACUCAUCACUGGGAUGAUUAUUGGUGUAAUAAUCACAACAUAUUUUUCGAUACGGAUCAUCAGUGUCCGAUCUAAUGUGAACAAAGCCCUAGCUUCGUUCCAGGAACAUAUGAAGGAUAUUUCAGUGUUUAUGAAGAAAGAGAAACUUGAUUCGAAACUGCAAAAGCAAGUUAAUGAAUAUUACGAAUAUAAUUGGGACAGAAUGGGUGGUAUUGAUUACAGAAACGUCCUAAAACUAUGCUCUCAAAUCACAUUACGUACUGAUGCUAUUCUACAUAUUUAUGGGCCUACUUUUAAUAAGUGUCCAAUACUCAAUAAGUGCGACAUAUCACUUCUGCGUAUUAUGGGCCGUGCAGUGCGCAGUUUAUAUUUCCUAAAGGAUACAACGGUUAUAGAAAAGGAUGACGUCAUUUCCGACAUCUAUUUUAUCGAUCGCGGUAGUGUAGCAAUUAAGAAUUGCGAAGACGAAGACGAAUUUGUUACACUUGGUAAAGGAAGCAUGUUUGGAAAUUUAGAAGGAGCAUCGACCAUACGAUGUCCUAUAUCCAUUAAAUCGACCAGUCAAGUGCAUUUGCUACAGAUAAACUCGCAGGCUUUUUUCAGUAUCAUCAGCGAAUUUCCUGCAGUUCUGAAACUGUUGAAUUCCUAUCGACCCUAUAACGAGAAAUUCAUACCAGGCAUAGCGUCCUUGACGCAAUUUGACAUCAAAGAUCGUUCGACUACAUCAUCCUUGAUAUUCCGCAAGGAAACACUAAAUCCUUUUAACGUCAACCAUUCUCUUAUCAGAAUCUAUUUGACCAUCAUCAGCCUAUCGUCCAUAUACGCGGACGUUUAUAACGCUGGUUUUGAAGACAACAGACCUAUGUUGAUCAUAUACCUGUAUUUCUUGGAUAUCUGCUUCCUGGGAAAGUUCUUUUUUCAGUACAUGUUACCUCAAAUGACUGACACCGAUGAAGAUAUUUCCAAGACUUUGACAAAGAUCCGGAAAAAUUACAUGAGAAGGGAGUUCAAGAUUGACCUGAUUUCCUGUUUACCUAUCGAAAUUCUUUGCUUAUUUAAUAGCAGUAACCGUGGAACGGUAUUCGCUUGGCUCCGAUUGAACCGAAUAUUUAGAAUCGUAACCAUUUACAAAUGCCUACAGCAACACAACAAGAGCAUUUCUAUGAAUCUUACGAUUACUACUGUUGUCACUGUACUGAUCUGGUUCCCAUUGUUUGUGCACGUGAGCGCCUGUCUCUGGUACUUCAUUGCUAUGUGCGAGGAGACCAGCCACCCUAAAUCUUCUUGGAUUUAUGACAAUGCUGGUCAAACAUGGUGUGAGAACUACUACAUUUGCUCGAUGUAUUUUGUGCUUACCACAUUCACUCAAAAUGGAGUUGGUGACAUAAUGCCUAAAAAGCAAGCUGAGGUAGCAUUUGUGUCGGUUUUACAAGUGGUAUCUGUGAUGAUGUACAUGAUCUACGUGGGGGAAAUGUCCAACAUCAUCCAGUACAAAUCCUUCCGCGCCUUCAAGUUCUACUCAAAGCAUCUUGAACUACAGGAAUUCCUGAAAAAUAACCGUGUGUCGAAGAACUUGGUGGCAAUGGUGAACAAGUAUUCCUUGCACCUUUGGCGGAACUCUCGAGGGCUUCAGCUCCCGUUCUUUCUGAGCACGGCGCCAAACUGCCUCAAGCUGAAGAUCAUGUCUGCUGCGUUCUUGAAGCACCUUGCUAAUAAUUUCGUGUUCAAAGACUGCGAGCCUGCAUUUCUUCGGCAGCUUGUAGGGUUUAUGAAGCUUUAUACUUAUACUGAAGAUAUGUAUGUCGUAAAGGAAGGUGAAAUUACCGACUCUAUGUAUAUAAUGCACACUGGGCGAGUUCGUGAAAUAAGCGAAAGUCAAUCAAAGUCCUAUCAAGCUGGAGAACACUUUGGGCUGUUGCAGGGCCUUCUACACAACUUGCCUUAUAGGAAUUCGUAUAUAACCGCUACAAAAGCACAAGUGCUCACUCUAUUUCUAAACGAUUGGGAGGAUCUGCUGAAACAUUUUCCAAAAAGUAGAAAUGCGAUUAACAAACAUAUAGUCCCUAACAUAGAUGGCGAUUUUUACGGAGAUGAUAAAUCAGGUCCCACAGGCAACUUGUUCAAGAGCGAUGAUCAGCCACCCUCAGGUCCUAUGAUGGAGCAAUUUACUGCUCGUAAAGCAUCAAUUGACAUUGGAAGUUUACGAAAUGCAAGGUCUGAAGUAUUCGUCCCACCAGGUCCUAGUAACAUUGCCCACGCCAGAGCUGUUGAGAAACCUACUCGAAGUAACAAUUCAAUUUCCAGUUUGGUUGAGAGCAGUACAACCAAACAUCCAUCUAAAGAACUCAGUAUAGAGCACUUUGGAACUCUAGAGGAUGAGGACAGUAAAAACUUCCCGGAUAGGGCAACUGAUUUAAAAAAUAAACACUCUAAAAUAUCUGCAAUUAAAAAAUUAUCAAUUCUAAAUGCGUCUCCCAGUACAUCGAAAAGAGCAAUGUUAAACGACAAUGUUAGUGAGCGUAUAAUAACGAAUGAAUCGUUAACUUUGGAACCAGAUGAAUCUGAUAAAGAUAUACAACCAAAUACGUCUAAAAAUAAAUUACAAAGCGAGUUGAAAAGUGUUGAAGAUUAUAUUCAAGAACAGAAACGUAGAGAAGUUCAAAGUUGGCUGGAAAAUAAAAGCUCUCCAAAAGUUAUAAUGGAAAAGUUUAAAGGAAUCGCACCGUCUAUCAGCUUCAAAAAACCUAAAGCUCACGUGCGAUAUGAAGACGGUACACCGGUAUCGCAUCCUGUAGAAAUCCAUGAAUUGAACAAAAUGAGAGAUUCUUCUACGGAUGAAAGAAAUAUCAGAUCACUUAACAGUGAUACGUCACCGAGUCCAAAAGUUGAUAAAAAUGUCACAAGAUUACCAUCAAAGUCAUCUACUGAAAGUGACUCAUCCAUUGAACUAGAUAAAAAAACUCAUCCGAAAAGUGAUAAUUAA